AUAUCUGAAAAACUGGCAUGAAGAGUUGUAUGGAGUUGCAUGGUUGGUGCAUCAGGAGGUUUAAUAUUUGGAUAUGAUCUUGGAAUUUCAGGUGGACUCACCUCCAUGGAUUCAUUCCUAAACCAAUUCUUUCCAUCCGUUUAUGCAAAACAAAAUUCAAUGACAAUCUCAGAUGAUCAAUAUUGUAAAUUCGACAGCCAACUCCUAACACUCUUCACAUCAUCACUAUACGUAGCAUCUUUGGUAUCUUCCAUUGGAGCCUCCAAAAUACCAAGACUUUUGGGAAGAAGAGUCACUAUGCUUUGGGGUGGAAUCCUCUUUCUCAUUGGAGCAAUUCUCAAUGCAUCUGCCCAAAACAUUUGGAUGCUCAUUCUUGGAAGACUCUUCUUGGGAUUUGGCAUUGGCUGUGCUAAUCAGUCUGUCCCAAUUUAUGUCUCUGAGAUGGCCCCAUACAAGUACCGUGGAGCUCUCAACAUGCUAUUCCAGCUUACCAUCACCAUUGGAAUAUUGGUAGCCAAUUUGUUAAACUACUUCUUCGCCAAGAUAGAAGGCGGUUGGGGAUGGCGCCUCAGCUUAGGCGGAGCCGCCGUGCCUGCUCUGCUAAUCAUAGCUGGAAGCUUAACCCUACCUGACACUCCUAACUCCUUGAUUGAGCGUGGAAAACAGGACGAGGCUAAGGACCAGCUCACCAAAAUCAGAGGAGUGGCCAAUGUAGAGGAAGAGUUCAAUGACUUAGUCAGUGCAAGUGAAGCGUCAAAGAAAGUUAAACACCCUUGGAGAACUCUUUUGAAAAAGAAGUACAGACCCCAAUUAGCAUUUGCAAUUGCAAUCCCAGCUUUUCAACAACUUACGGGAAUGAAUGUGAUCACAUUAUACGCCCCUGUUUUAUUUAAGACCAUUGGGUUUGGAAGCAGUGCCUCGCUCAUGUCCGCGGUCAUCACGGGCCUAGUCAACACACUCGCCACCUUCGUCUCGAUCCUAACCGUCGAUAAGUUUGGGAGAAGGACUCUGUUCUUGGAAGGGGGAGUACAGAUGUUCCUUUGCCAAGUUAUCAUUACAAUUGGUAUAGCGUUGAAGUUUGGUGUGAGCGGCAACCCGGGCGUUCUUCCCAACUGGUAUGCAUAUGGAUUGGUGUUCUUUAUCUGUGUCUACGUGGCGGGAUUCGCUUGGUCGUGGGGUCUGUUAGGGUGGUUAGUUUCUAGUGAAAUAUUCCCUCUGGAGGUUCGAUCAGCGGCUCAGAGUGUUAACGUGUCGGUGAACAUGAUCUUCACUUUGUGUAUUGCUCAGGUGUUCACAACCAUGCUUUGUCACCUUAAGUUUGGUCUGUUUAUUUUCUUUGCGGUGUUCGUGGUGAUCAUGACUGGGUUUAUCUACAUGUUACUUCCGGAGACUAAGGGAGUUCCUAUUGAUGAAAUGUCUAUCGUGUGGCGUAAACAUCCUUAUUGGCAAAAAUAUUAUGAUGAUGAUGAUCAACAACACAGAGUUGUCCCACCAAACUUGGAGAUGGUUUAAGUUGCAAAGUUUUCUUGAUGGGAAGUAACAUGUAGAUAACUAUUCUAUUUUUUAUCAAAUAAGUAGGGUUAUCCAACGGCCAAAAAGUAAAAUUCUUGUAUUGUUGAGGCAAGUAGACAAGUAGAAGAUUGUUUAAGGGUUUUACUCCCUCUUUCUCCUCUUCGGUUCAAAAUCUUAUCCUCAAAUACAAAAUAAAUAAAUAAAUAAUUGAGGGUGCAUGUGAAAAUUGCCUUUGAUUAGAAACAAGAUAUUAUUUAUUUCUCUAUACAUAAAAAAAAAAAUAUACAGGUUUCCCUUUUAAGCUCGUUUUUCUCACAAUCUUUUCCUUCUCUUAGCCCUAGAAAGAAAGAAAGUUCAGUUGUAAGAAAAUGCCAGCCGUCGGCAUACCUACCGGUGGUGCCGAUAAGUCCUACCUAGGGAAACUGACUCCAUUUGUGACCAUGACAUGUAUUGUUGCAGCCAUGGGCGGUCUGAUUUUCGGUUACGAUAUUGGGAUUUCUGGUACUUAAACUUAACUUCUUGUAUCUAUAUAUUUUCUUUUUCUUUUUCUACCCAAUGAAACUUGGACUAGUUUUUUACGUAGAAAUUGAUUUAUCUAACAAUUUAAUCAUUCAAUUUUGCAAAUGGGGUUACGUCGAUGAACCCAUUUUUACAAAAGUUUUUCCCGUCGGUGUACCGUAAGAAAAAGGCGGAAGAGUCGACCAAUCAGUAUUGCCAGUACGACAGUCAAACUCUGACCAUGUUCACUUCUUCU